UAAAUUUGCAGAAAUUAAUAUUAAAUUAAAUUAAAUGGAUGCAGCUCCUUCCCACCAAGUAGCACUUCCUCAACAACUGGCAGCAGGUAGAGUACGUCAACAACUGGCAGCAGUGGAUUUCAGCAAAUACCUGCCACUAUACAGAGCUAUAUUGGCAGUAAAUUGGGAGGAAGCUCUAAUAUUCUUCAACCAACACCCCUCAGCAAUUCAAUCUCCACUUACCAACCACUUAGAGACUGCAUUGCACGUUGCUGCUAGAGCUGGCAAUAAUACCUCCUUUAUGGAAAAUCUUGUAGCAUUUUUGUUGGAGGAUAAUGAACAAGUAGAAGCGCUUAGCCCCAGAGACGCCUCUGGGCAUACCCCACUUCACUACGCUGCCUCGCAUGGAAACAUUGAGGUGGCUCAUAUCCUUGUUCGCAGGAAUUCUAAUCUCCUCUAUCUUCACAACAACGAUGGCUUUUUCCCCAUCCAUUAUGCGGCUAUGAAUUAUCGCAAAAGCAAGGACGCCUUUCUGUAUUUCCUUCGUCUCACUAGGGAUGAUGAAUACGGCCACCCUAAUCCAUAUGCAGUCCCAACUGGUGUCCAGAUUCUUGUUAACUUAAUCGGAAAUAAAUUAUAUGAUUUGGCACUGCAGUUGGUUGUGAGGUACCCUGAUUUGGGCCGUCAUAAGAUGUUAAUUCGCAGUUCAGCUUUGGAUGCCUUAGUUCUUUAUGACUGUCCCAUUAUUAACAAAGGUGUUUUUAAGGCCGAGUCAACAACAUCUACACCAAUUUUCUACCUCAUCACCUCACUACUACCAUGGCUUGUAAAGAAGAGCAUAGUAAAUAAAAUGGUGUUGCACCACCAAGCUAUGAAGCUUCUUAAAUUCUUGUGCGAUCAACUCAAAACCCUAAAUGAAACACAAGUGGACUGGCUGACAAGAUGUGCAUUCCUUGAAGCAACGAGUUUAGACAUUCAUCAAGUCAUCAUAAAUAUUGCGGAAGCAUAUCCUUUGUUGGUUUAUUUCUUAAACCCCAUGCGGCAGAAUAUACUUCACGUUGCAGUAAAGAAUCGUAGCGAAAAUGUUUUUAACCUUGUUUGUGGAACCAGCAUGCUUAGGAUUAAUUUAUCUAAUGUUUUGGACAUAAAUCGUAAUAGUGUUUUGCAUUUGGCUGGGAAAUUGGCACCUCCGCACAAACUAAAUCUUGUUUCUGGGGCAGCUCUUCAAAUGCAACGAGAACUGCAAUGGUUUAAGGAAGUGCAAAAAAUUGCACCAUCACAUCACAUGUCAUCUCCAAAUAUAGUUGGCAAAACUCCGAGUAUUGUCUUUACGGAGGAGCAUAAGGAGUUGAAAGAGGCAGGGGAGAAAUGGAUGAAAGACACAGCAAAUUCAUGCACAAUUGCAGCAGCCCUCAUUGUUACUGUAGUCUUUGCAGCAGCCAUUAGUUCCUGGUGGCAACAAUGGUGAAAAUGGCCUCCCAAUCUUCUCCAACAACACUGCCUUCAUAGUAUUCGCCAUCUCAAAUGCUGCCUCUCUCUUUACAUCCACCACUUCCUUGCUCGUCUUCUUGUCCAUCCUAACUUCGCGCUAUGCAGAAGAAGACUUCCUAUAUGCUCUUCCCAAGAGAUUAAUCAUAGGCCUCUUCACCUUGUUUUUGUCCAUAAUAUUUAUGAUGAUUGCCUUCUCCGCCACAGUGUAUCUCGUAUUUGGGCAAAACAGAAGGGAAGUUCUUAUUAUGGUGGCUUCAUUUGCAUGUUUGCCGGUCACUUCAUUUGUGCUUCUUCAAUUCCCUCUGCUUGUAGCUUUGGUGUCAUCUACGUACGGACGGGGCAUUUUCGAUCAGCGUGGCUUUCCCCAACUCCUAGUUUGACUUAAUUGCAUGCCACUUAAUCUAGACUUAUUUGUAAUAUAAUGCUUCAUUUCAAUAU